CGGAACACAGGGAAAGUGCACACUACGACCCUCGGAUGGGCGACGAAGGGUCCGACGAGGAGAUAGAGGUAAUCCCUCCCACUCCGCCGCAGCAGACGCAAAAGCAUGUCACGCUGGACACACACCCGACUUUUGACGAUGGCGAGCCACGGAGGUAUCCCAGCAGCUCUUCACUCAGGGCGGAGCCUAGCAGCUCUUCACUCAGGGUGAAGCCUAGCAGCUCGACACUCGGGGUGAAACCGAGCAGCUCGACACUCAAGUUUCAGCCCGGCAGCCCGACACUUGGGGCGAAGCCCAGCAGCUCGACGCUCGGGGUGAAGCAUAGUAGCUCGACACUCGGGGCGAAGCAUAGCAGCUCGACACUCAGGUUUCAUCCUAGCACCUCGACACUCAGGGAGAAGCCUAGCACCUCGACACUCAGGGACAAGGAGAUCGAAGGCGAGCGUGAAAGGACCCCUCGACUUUCAGCUGCUCAAUGGGUACUACAUAUGCUCGCCAUCGACCUGAAAUGGAUUCCUGCCAACCUCUCGUGGCCGAAGAUGAAGCCCGUGAUCAGGACUGCUCUCGUAGCAUGGAUCUCAGUGUUGUUUUUCACCAUCCCAAGACUCGAGGUCAUGUUGGGUCAGGGUAGUUUCCUCAUUCUAAUCGCUGCGUUCCUUCAACCUCCCGCCGGUCCGUUCAUACAGGUCCUCGAGGCUGAAAUCACGCUUCUACUAUUUGUGACCCUGGCAUGGGCAUGGAGUUGUCUGGGUCUGUUCUUAGCAAAUCUAUCCCGCAAUCACGUCGACUACAAUGCACCGACUGCUCAAAUUCUAACGGGGCAAUUCGUUGAAGCUGGUCCCGUUAUCAUAACAGCCAUCUUUCUGUUCAUUGGAAGCGCAUUCUUCUCGUAUCUCAAAGCCAAACUCGGUCCCGGCCUCUUUUUCAUUCCGACUAUGCUGAGCUGCAUCUGUUUAGACAUUUGCUUGUCGACAUCCGCUCUUUUCCCAUAUCCAUUCUACAAAAUCGGAAAAGCAGUCGUGAUCCCUAUUGGCUUCCACGCCGCUCUCUCGAUCCUCUCUGCCGUCACCAUCUUCCCUCAGACCAUUACAUGCCAGUACACAGCGGCCAUUGGUCGUAUUUUCGACCCUUUGGACCAAUUCCUCGCGAAACACCGGCUGAUUCUCAAGAUGGAUCCGUCGUCCCAAGAGUUUGCGACGGGUGUGAAGGAGCUCCAGGGCUUGGUGGGCAAGUCGGAAGGCAGCGUGGCGCCGACUGCUAUCUGGCUGCGUCUCAUGCCCCGUGACAUUAUCUGGGGACGCUUCUCUCCUGCCGAUAUAUCCUCUCUUCAAUGGUCUAUUCGACGGCUUGUGACCCGCGCGGAGGGUAUGAACAUUUACUUCACCCUUAUUGACCCGACGAGAGAAAGGUUCCCGAUUACGCCCGCACCCACCCAGCCAAGCUCGCCGGCCUUCACUCGAUCGAACACACCCGCAGUAUCACGCAACAGCUCACCCGUCCGCGGGCGGCGGGACCGCUCCGUAGAAGUGACCGAUCAGACUCCGACAGCGGACUCGUCGGACUCCGUGCGCCACCGCAAACACGGUGGCAUAUCGUUGCAUCGGGCGAUAGCGCGGCACCAGUCGCGGUCGCGCAACCAUCACCCGCGCCGGCAUCAUACCAGCGGUUAUCACGACCAUCGUCUCCACCUCUCUCUGCUCGAAUUGGCGCACGCUCUCUCGUCGCCGCCGGACGCGGAGAGCGUCGUCGGUGUGUUCGAGAGCCAACGUUACAUCGCGCUUGAGGCGGCGCGCCUCUCGCACCCUCAGUCGCCCAAGCUGACGGCAGAGUUCACGGAGCUCUUGAGCGAGGCGUGCGACGGCCUCCUCGGUGCGUCCAAGGAUGGCCUGGCCGCUGCCAAGGAGUGGGUCACGGGCGUGCGCAAGGUGGAUUGGUGCAGAAAGCACAAGGUAGAGCAAAUUCGUCGGGAGAGGAGACAGAAGCUCGAAGAGGACAGGAGUCAGCUGCGUCAGGCCAUCGAGGCUUUCAGAAAAUACUCGCGGCUUCGAGUUCUCGAUCCGUACCGCUGUGCAUUUGAUCCCAGUCUUAUCAGAGCUGGCAGGGGUGGAGCGGAUGAUGCACCACCGCACAAGUAUCUGUUCGCUUGCUAUAUGUAUGAGUAUCACAUCCUGCAAUUCGCAACACUGGUCGAGGGACUGCUGAACGAGAUUAUCGAGCUGGAGGAUCAGCGUCAGGAGCCCCGGCUGUGGUAUCCGAAAAUUUUCAGCACCCUUUGGUUCCUCUCUCCUACGGUCAGCAACCCACCCGAUUUGGACGGCGAUGAUGACGAGGACCCCGAUGUCGUGCAGUACAUGGAGCAAGAGCCUGACAUGGACCUCGGGAUGACCGGGCGCAGAGACCCAGAUGCACUUCCGCCGUCGAACACCUUCGAGACCGUAAUGUAUGGGUUGCAUAGGCUCGUCGUAGGUUUCGGAAACGGAAAUGCAGUAUUCGCGAUCAAGGCCGGAUUGCUCACUGUUCUGUUGAGCUUACCCUAUCGAAUCAAGGGCUCGGCGCACUUCGCGUACAGGGAACAUCUCGUGUGGGGAAUCUUUAUGGGUCAGCUCACAAUUUCGCGGUUCCGGGGCGAUACGACCUUUGCUCUCGUGGCCCGUUUGAUCUCAACCUUCCUCGGCGGUGUGGUUGGUGCAGCCAUGUGGUAUAUCUCCACGGGAAGAGGCCACGGCAAUAUCUAUGGUCUUGCAGCAGUCACUGGCGUUUGUUUCCCCUUCUUCUUCUUUGGUCGGCUCUACUGGCCUGGACCACCUAUGUUUAACCUCAUCUUCUUCAUCACGACCUUCCUGGUUAUUGGCUUCUCGUGGCAAGACACUCACUUCCCGGCGGGGUUCAUCUACUAUGGGAUUAACGUGGCCUGGCGCCGCUUUGUAUUGGUCACAGCAGGCGUCUUCGCAGCUUUCCUCGCAUCACUACUUCCACCGUCGACGACCCUGCGCGCGUACCAGCGUCGGAUGAUGGCAACAACUGUAGCGGAAAUUGGUAGCGUGUACUGCGCAGUUGUGUCCUUCGCGAACACGCAGGGCUCGUCCGAAGUCGACAAAGGCGCCGUCAUCCAAAGCCUCAUUGCGAUCCGCCUCAAACUCAAGCGAUCGCUCGCUCUCCGCACAAACAUCAUUUACGAGUUCUCGCUCCGCGGCAAAUGGCCUGCAGAGAGAUAUCAGAAGGUUCUCGAGCUCCAGCUACAAACUUCAUACUUGCUCUCGCACUUGAUGUCUGUAUGCGAGCUGCUCGAGCCCGCCUGGCGUCGUGCAUUCCUGCGGCGCACGCGUCUGCUCGACGCAGACUUCCAGGGAGAUGUGCUUGCGGUAAUUAGCAUGAUCUCGACCGCGCUCAAAACGGGGCAACCUCUGCCGCAGAUUACACCAUGCCCGCUGCUGGACCGCUACAUGGAGAACUCGCAUGGGCUGAAUGUCAUCCGCGGAGAGGCGGACGACGACUACGGUUUGCCUCGGACGAUGACGAUCGAUACGCUUGCCAACGAGCAGUACUUGUGCUUCUCCGUUGGCUGCACGACCGCGUUCGGCAUCGUCUUGCGCCUUGACCGCCUCAUGCUCGCCACGAAAGAGCUCGUCGGCGAGCAAUACCACAUCCACGGUGUCGGCAUUCCGCUCCGCCGCGAGUACACGAACGCAAGCUCCAUGCAACGGCCCGCAAAGGACGUCUAGCCUCCCCUUCGAUCAUGGGCCGCCCCCAUCUCACUCGCACGUUCGUUUUGGGUUGCUCUUAUGUACCAGUUUCCCUUGAGAUAAGUUGGAUCUGUACUCGUCGUCACCAUCAUUUCUCCUCGCCAGACGCUUGUAUGUAUCUUACUUCACGACCAUUGUAAUACCCGCACCUCAAUCUGCAGUGUAUUCGCACACUUGCCCAUAGACUUAGAUACAUUGUGGACAUAUGUCUACAGGCUAAUAGGAA